GCUGUGGCGGCGGGAGCCGAGAGCGCGGCCUCCCCUCAGAGCCCUUCCAUGCUCAUGCGGCAGGCACCCGAGAGCUGGGGAGCCAGGUAGGCUGCGGUGAGCCAGCCUCCGACAGCCCCCUGCCGGGAGACCUCCUGAGGGCUUAAAUACAUUUAAUACAUCCCGCCAAAAAAUACCCUUGCUCACUGUCCCUUUGGUAUCCCCUCACAUUUCGCGGUUACAAACACCACAGGAACCUUUGCUAAACGAAAUGAAACACAAUCUGGUGUGUAAGACACCUCCCACUGUCACUGUUCAUGUAAAAUCGAGUGCAUCCAGAUCACAUCAGCAAAAAAAACUUACUAGACUAAAGAGACCUGCUUUUAAAGACCAUCAAGGAAAUUGUGAAAAAGGGGUUCCUAGUCAGAAAUAUAAAUGUCCAAAGGGACCAUGCCUAGUUAUUCAGCGUCAGGAAAUGACAGCUUUCUUUAAAUUAUUUGAUGAUGAUCUAAUCCAAGACUUCCUUUGGAUGGACUGUUGCUGUGAAAUUGCAGACAAGUAUCUCUUGGCAAUGACUUUCGUUUAUUUCAAGAGAGCUAACUUCACACCAAGUGAGCAUACCAGAAUCAAUUUCUUUGCGGCUCUGUAUCUGGCAAACACAGUUGAAGAAGACAAUGAAGAAGCAAAGUAUGAAAUUUUCCCAUGGGCUUUGGGCAAAGCCUGGAGAAAGCUGUUCCCUGAUUUCCUAAAGUUAAGAGAUCAGCUUUGGAGUAGAAUUGACUACAGGGCUAUUGUAAGCAGACGCUGCUGUGAAGAGGUGAUGGCCAUCGCUCCAACACACUACAUCUGGCAGCGAGAGCGCUCGGUGCAGCACAGCGGCGCCCUCAGGAGUUAUGAGGAUCAGGUGCAGCUGCCCCGGGGCCCCAGUGCCACCCCCACAGACUGCCUGCUGUGCGGGAAGAAGGGCAGGUUUGUACGGCUGGGAUUGUCAUCCUCCUCCUCCUCCACCGACACGCUGGAGAUGAUGGACCUGCACUCCUCCCAGAAAUCAAAGGAUGCCUUUGCAACUGACAAAAUGCUCAUCGACUCUCCUUCUUAUAAAGCCCAAGACUGUCUGAGGCUGUCCAGCAAAAGGCAACCAUGCAGCACCCUGGAUCAAGAUAAGUCUAUGGACUGGUUUACAAGCAAUGGGGAAUGAAGUGCACCUGAUAAGACAGAAACAGAUCCUGUGAUUUGCAGAACAGCCUGGGCUGCAUCACAACACCAGACGUGAUGAUUCACUUCAAACUUUUACCUCUACAUAGUGGGAUAACAGUUGGUGUUUCAAACCUGAUAUAAGGUAGAAAUCAGAGCAGUCAUUGCUUAAAAGUUACACAACUUGCAAAAUGUAGCAUCUACUUUGUCAUGUUUUAUUUCAUUCUGAUACAAUACUCAAAUUAGCAGCUAAGGAGGCAGCAGCAUCAAGAAAGCAGUGGUCCAAACUUUCUCAGCUUGGUAAGGAACGCUAAUUAAAAAACAAAAGUUACUACUUUAGUAUUUCAAUACACAAUGAUUGUUUUAUUAUUAUAAGUUUUGUGGUUUCAUGAUAUAGGAAAAUACCAAAUGCUAAUACAAAAAAAAAAAAAAAAAGGUUUAUUUGAAAUAAAAAUACCACUAAACAUUUAAGAUAAACUUUUUCCAAGUCUCACCUGAAUGAGCUUCCUGCCAGUGGGAUGGUCGGGCAAUGUAAGGCACUGAGUGGUUUGUUUCAGCAGCAGCACUGAGUGACUCUGUGAGAAGGACAUUUCUUUUUAUUUUGUUCCCACAAGUUUAAGACCUACAUGCAGCCUAGAGUAGACAAUGCACAUGUAAU